AUGAGAAAUCUUGUCUCAAAGAUCUCCCUGUGGGGUCGUCUCCAUGCGGCCCUUUCAUGUAGCUACAGAAGCCAACCAGCGGCCGUUUUCUUUCCACUUACUCUCCUCUUUCUCCUCUCCCCCUUGCCCUGUCAGCUCGCAGCAGAGACCAACGAGCUGAUGACCCAGUCCGCCAGGGCUCUUUCUCGCGACCGCAGCAUUCCCAGCCAGCCCUACGGGUUCCUCAACACCAUCAUCCAGCCACUCUACAAUGCAAUUAAAGGAGAGGCGGACAGCAAUGUGGGGGGCAAGCUGCCGCACGCCAAGUGGCGCAACUACGACGACUUCAACGAGUUCUUCUGGUCGCCACGCUGCUUCGACCGCCUCUCCUGGCCGCCCAACCAGUCAGCCGUCUUCUUCAUCCCCCCGAACAAGACGGGUCACGAGGGGGGCAAGACGGGCUUUGUGGAGCAGCGCACCAUCCUCAACAUGUUCCGCAGCUUCGACCGCGUCUGGAUCCUCCUCAUCUUCGCCUUCCAGCUCAUGUUCAUCACGGCAUGGAAGGCGGAGGGCAGCAACCCCUUCACGUACCUGGCCGGAAACAGGGAUACUGUGGCGCUGCUGCUCACCUGCUUCAUCACAUGGGCCGGCAUCAACCUUUUUCUUGCUCUGGCGGACAUGGUGAUGGAGUGGCGUCUCAUCCGCCCCUCCAACAUGCGCUUUAACGUCCGCCUGCUGCUGCGCCUCCUCGUUGCCAUCGCCUGGUGCAUCGCCUUCACCGCUCUCUACCUGCACCUUCAUUCCCUGCCUCCCCUUCUUCUGGAACCGCGUGCACCCUCUCCUCGUCUUCCCCCACCCUCAUCCCGCAAGCGGUCCAUCGUGAUGUGGAAUGCACGCAAGGCAGCCACCUACUGGUCGCCCACAGCCAACACGACUACGGUCUCCGUGAUGUGGAAUGCACGCAAGGCAGCCACCUACUGGUCGCCCACAGCCAACACGACUACGGUCUCCGUGAUGUGGAAUGCACGCAAGGCAGCCACCUACUGGUCGCCCACAGCCAACACGACUACGGUCUCCGUGAUGUGGAAUGCACGCAAGGCAGCCACCUACUGGUCGCCCACAGCCAACACGACUACGGUCUCCGUGAUGUGGAAUGCACGCAAGGCAGCCACCUACUGGUCGCCCACAGCCAACACGACUACGGUCUCCGUGAUGUGGAAUGCACGCAAGGCAGCCACCUACUGGUCGCCCACAGCCAACACGACUACGGUCUCCGUGAUGUGGAAUGCACGCAAGGCAGCCACCUACUGGUCGCCCACAGCCAACACGACUACGGUCUCCGUGAUGUGGAAUGCACGCAAGGCAGCCACCUACUGGUCGCCCACAGCCAACACGACUACGGUCUCCGUGAUGUGGAAUGCACGCAAGGCAGCCACCUACUGGUCGCCCACAGCCAACACGACUACGGUCUCCGUGAUGUGGAAUGCACGCAAGGCAGCCACCUACUGGUCGCCCACAGCCAACACGACUACGGUCUCCGUGAUGUGGAAUGCACGCAAGGCAGCCACCUACUGGUCGCCCACAGCCAACACGACUACGGUCUCCGUGAUGUGGAAUGCACGCAAGGCAGCCACCUACUGGUCGCCCACAGCCAACACGACUACGGUCUCCGUGAUGUGGAAUGCACGCAAGGCAGCCACCUACUGGUCGCCCACAGCCAACACGACUACGGUCUCCGUGAUGUGGAAUGCACGCAAGGCAGCCACCUACUGGUCGCCCACAGCCAACACGACUACGGUCUCCGUGAUGUGGAAUGCACGCAAGGCAGCCACCUACUGGUCGCCCACAGCCAACACGACUACGGUCUCCCACCUACUGGUCGCCCACAGCCAACACGACUACGGUCUCGUUCCUCAUAGCAGCGCUCGUCUUCAUGACCCCGCACCUGCUCUUCCACCCUCUCCUCUCCAUCCCAUUCUGCCCGCCCUCACCCCUCUCUCUCCCUCUCACAGCGUGAUGUGGAAUGCACGCAAGGCAGCCACCUACUGGUCGCCCACAGCCAACACGACUACGGUCUCCGUGAUGUGGAAUGCACGCAAGGCAGCCACCUACUGGUCGCCCACAGCCAACACGACUACGGUCUCCGUGAUGUGGAAUGCACGCAAGGCAGCCACCUACUGGUCGCCCACAGCCAACACGACUACGGUCUCCGUGAUGUGGAAUGCACGCAAGGCAGCCACCUACUGGUCGCCCACAGCCAACACGACUACGGUCUCGUUCCUCAUAGCAGCGCUCGUCUUCAUGACCCCGCACCUGCUCUUCCGCCCUCUCCUCUCCACCCCCACUCUGCCCUCUCUCUCCCAGCGUGAUGUGGAAUGCACGCAAGGCAGCCACCUACUGGUCGCCCACAGCCAACACGACUACGGUCUCGUUCCUCAUAGCAGCGCUCGUCUUCAUGACCCCGCACCUGCUCUUCCGCCCUCUCCUCUCCAUCCCAUUCUGCCCGCCCUCACCCCUCUCUCUCCCUCUCCCAGCGUGAUGUGGAAUGCACGCAAGGCAGCCACCUACUGGUCGCCCACAGCCAACACGACUACGGUCUCCGUGAUGUGGAAUGCACGCAAGGCAGCCACCUACUGGUCGCCCACAGCCAACACGACUACGGUCUCCGUGAUGUGGAAUGCACGCAAGGCAGCCACCUACUGGUCGCCCACAGCCAACACGACUACGGUCUCCGUGAUGUGGAAUGCACGCAAGGCAGCCACCUACUGGUCGCCCACAGCCAACACGACUACGGUCUCGUUCCUCAUAGCAGCGCUCGUCUUCAUGACCCCGCACCUGCUCUUCCGCCCUCUCCUCUCCACCCCCAUUCUGCCCGCCCUCACCCCUCUCUCUCCCUCUCCCAGCGUGAUGUGGAAUGCACGCAAGGCAGCCACCUACUGGUCGCCCACAGCCAACACGACUACGGUCUCGUUCCUCAUAGCAGCGCUCGUCUUCAUGACCCCGCACCUGCUCUUCCGCCCUCUCCUCUCCACCCCCAUUCUGCCCUCUCUCUCCCAGCGUGAUGUGGAAUGCACGCAAGGCAGCCACCUACUGGUCGCCCACAGCCAACACGACUACGGUCUCGUUCCUCAUAGCAGCGCUCGUCUUCAUGACCCCGCACCUGCUCUUCCGCCCUCUCCUCUCCACCCCCACUCUGCCCUCUCUCUCCCAGCCGUGAUGUGGAAUGCACGCAAGGCAGCCACCUACUGGUCGCCCACAGCCAACACGACUACGGUCUCCGUGAUGUGGAAUGCACGCAAGGCAGCCACCUACUGGUCGCCCACAGCCAACACGACUACGGUCUCCGUGAUGUGGAAUGCACGCAAGGCAGCCACCUACUGGUCGCCCACAGCCAACACGACUACGGUCUCGUUCCUCAUAGCAGCGCUCGUCUUCAUGACCCCGCACCUGCUCUUCCGCCCUCCCUCUCCACCCCCAUUCUGCCCUCUCUCUCCCAGCGUGAUGUGGAAUGCACGCAAGGCAGCCACCUACUGGUCGCCCACAGCCAACACGACUACGGUCUCGUUCCUCAUAGCAGCGCUCGUCUUCAUGACCCCGCACCUGCUCUUCCGCCCUCUCCUCUCCACCCCCAUUCUGCCCUCUCUCUCCCAGCGUGAUGUGGAAUGCACGCAAGGCAGCCACCUACUGGUCGCCCACAGCCAACACGACUACGGUCUCGUUCCUCAUAGCAGCGCUCGUCUUCAUGACCCCGCACCUGCUCUUCCACCCUCUCCUCUCCAUCCCAUUCUGCCCGCCCUCACCCCUCUCUCUCCCUCUCCCAGCGUGAUGUGGAAUGCACGCAAGGCAGCCACCUACUGGUCGCCCACAGCCAACACGACUACGGUCUCGUUCCUCAUAGCAGCGCUCGUCUUCAUGACCCCGCACCUGCUCUUCCGCCCUCUCCUCUCCACCCCCAUUCUGCCCUCUCUCUCCCAGCGUGAUGUGGAAUGCACGCAAGGCAGCCACCUACUGGUCGCCCACAGCCAACACGACUACGGUCUCGCAGCCACCUACUGGUCGCCCACAGCCAACACGACUACGGUCUCGUUCCUCAUAGCAGCGCUCGUCUUCAUGACCCCGCACCUGCUCUUCCGCCCUCUCCUCUCCACCCCCAUUCUGCCCUCUCUCUCCCAGCGUGAUGUGGAAUGCACGCAAGGCAGCCACCUACUGGUCGCCCACAGCCAACACGACUACGGUCUCGUUCCUCAUAGCAGCGCUCGUCUUCAUGACCCCGCACCUGCUCUUCCGCCCUCUCCUCUCCACCCCCAUUCUGCCCUCUCUCUCCCAGCCGUGAUGUGGAAUGCACGCAAGGCAGCCACCUACUGGUCGCCCACAGCCAACACGACUACGGUCUCGUUCCUCAUAGCAGCGCUCGUCUUCAUGACCCCGCACCUGCUCUUCCGCCCUCUCCUCUCCACCCCCAUUCUGCCCUCUCUCUCCCAGCGUGAUGUGGAAUGCACGCAAGGCAGCCACCUACUGGUCGCCCACAGCCAACACGACUACGGUCUCGCAGCCACCUACUGGUCGCCCACAGCCAACACGACUACGGUCUCGUUCCUCAUAGCAGCGCUCGUCUUCAUGACCCCGCACCUGCUCUUCCGCCCUCUCCUCUCCACCCCCAUUCUGCCCUCUCUCUCCCAGCGUGAUGUGGAAUGCACGCAAGGCAGCCACCUACUGGUCGCCCACAGCCAACACGACUACGGUCUCGCAGCCACCUACUGGUCGCCCACAGCCAACACGACUACGGUCUCGUUCCUCAUAGCAGCGCUCGUCUUCAUGACCCCGCACCUGCUCUUCCGCCCUCUCCUCUCCACCCCCAUUCUGCCCUCUCUCUCCCAGCGUGAUGUGGAAUGCACGCAAGGCAGCCACCUACUGGUCGCCCACAGCCAACACGACUACGGUCUCGUUCCUCAUAGCAGCGCUCGUCUUCAUGACCCCGCACCUGCUCUUCCGCCCUCUCCUCUCCACCCCCAUUCUGCCCUCUCUCUCCCAGCCGUGAUGUGGAAUGCACGCAAGGCAGCCACCUACUGGUCGCCCACAGCCAACACGACUACGGUCUCGUUCCUCAUAGCAGCGCUCGUCUUCAUGACCCCGCACCUGCUCUUCCGCCCUCUCCUCUCCACCCCCAUUCUGCCCUCUCUCUCCCAGCGUGAUGUGGAAUGCACGCAAGGCAGCCACCUACUGGUCGCCCGCAGCCAACACGACUACGGUCUCGCAGCCACCUACUGGUCGCCCACAGCCAACACGACUACGGUCUCGUUCCUCAUAGCAGCGCUCGUCUUCAUGACCCCGCACCUGCUCUUCCGCCCUCUCCUCUCCACCCCCAUUCUGCCCUCUCUCUCCCAGCGUGAUGUGGAAUGCACGCAAGGCAGCCACCUACUGGUCGCCCACAGCCAACACGACUACGGUCUCGUUCCUCAUAGCAGCGCUCGUCUUCAUGACCCCGCACCUGCUCUUCCGCCCUCUCCUCUCCACCCCCAUUCUGCCCUCUCUCUCCCAGCCGUGAUGUGGAAUGCACGCAAGGCAGCCACCUACUGGUCGCCCACAGCCAACACGACUACGGUCUCGUUCCUCAUAGCAGCGCUCGUCUUCAUGACCCCGCACCUGCUCUUCCGCCCUCUCCUCUCCACCCCCAUUCUGCCCUCUCUCUCCCAGCGUGAUGUGGAAUGCACGCAAGGCAGCCACCUACUGGUCGCCCACAGCCAACACGACUACGGUCUCGUUCCUCAUAGCAGCGCUCGUCUUCAUGACCCCGCACCUGCUCUUCCGCCCUCUCCUCUCCACCCCCAUUCUGCCCUCUCUCUCCCAGCCGUGAUGUGGAAUGCACGCAAGGCAGCCACCUACUGGUCGCCCACAGCCAACACGACUACGGUCUCGUUCCUCAUAGCAGCGCUCGUCUUCAUGACCCCGCACCUGCUCUUCCGCCCUCUCCUCUCCACCCCCAUUCUGCCCUCUCUCUCCCAGCGUGAUGUGGAAUGCACGCAAGGCAGCCACCUACUGGUCGCCCACAGCCAACACGACUACGGUCUCGUUCCUCAUAGCAGCGCUCGUCUUCAUGACCCCGCACCUGCUCUUCCGCCCUCUCCUCUCCACCCCCAUUCUGCCCUCUCUCUCCCAGCCGUGAUGUGGAAUGCACGCAAGGCAGCCACCUACUGGUCGCCCACAGCCAACACGACUACGGUCUCGUUCCUCAUAGCAGCGCUCGUCUUCAUGACCCCGCACCUGCUCUUCCGCCCUCUCCUCUCCACCCCCAUUCUGCCCUCUCUCUCCCAGCGUGAUGUGGAAUGCACGCAAGGCAGCCACCUACUGGUCGCCCACAGCCAACACGACUACGGUCUCGUUCCUCAUAGCAGCGCUCGUCUUCAUGACCCCGCACCUGCUCUUCCGCCCUCUCCUCUCCACCCCCAUUCUGCCCUCUCUCUCCCAGCCGUGAUGUGGAAUGCACGCAAGGCAGCCACCUACUGGUCGCCCACAGCCAACACGACUACGGUCUCGUUCCUCAUAGCAGCGCUCGUCUUCAUGACCCCGCACCUGCUCUUCCGCCCUCUCCUCUCCACCCCCAUUCUGCCCUCUCUCUCCCAGCGUGAUGUGGAAUGCACGCAAGGCAGCCACCUACUGGUCGCCCACAGCCAACACGACUACGGUCUCGUUCCUCAUAGCAGCGCUCGUCUUCAUGACCCCGCACCUGCUCUUCCGCCCUCUCCUCUCCACCCCCAUUCUGCCCUCUCUCUCCCAGCCGUGAUGUGGAAUGCACGCAAGGCAGCCACCUACUGGUCGCCCACAGCCAACACGACUACGGUCUCGUUCCUCAUAGCAGCGCUCGUCUUCAUGACCCCGCACCUGCUCUUCCGCCCUCUCCUCUCCACCCCCAUUCUGCCCUCUCUCUCCCAGCGUGAUGUGGAAUGCACGCAAGGCAGCCACCUACUGGUCGCCCACAGCCAACACGACUACGGUCUCGUUCCUCAUAGCAGCGCUCGUCUUCAUGACCCCGCACCUGCUCUUCCGCCCUCUCCUCUCCACCCCCAUUCUGCCCUCUCUCUCCCAGCCGUGAUGUGGAAUGCACGCAAGGCAGCCACCUACUGGUCGCCCACAGCCAACACGACUACGGUCUCGUUCCUCAUAGCAGCGCUGGUCUUCAUGACCCCACACCUGCUCGGCAUCCUGCUCUUCCUCACGCCUGAAAUCAGCCGCCGUGUGGAGGCCUCCAGCUCCUCCUUCAUCCGCAUGCUCGUCACCUGCCUCGAGGAUGACAACUUCGUGGGCAGGGGAAUGCGUGAAGACACAUGGGACUCCAUCAAGUACUCCUUCUUCUGGCUGCUCCUCCUCGCUGGAAAGUUCGCCUUCAGCUACUUCCUCUUGAUCCGGCCUAUGGUGGAGCCCACCAAGGCACUGCUAAACACAACCAUCCACUACACGUGGCCAGAACUCUACAAGUCAGGCAACUACGUCGCUGUCUUCUGGCUCUGGGCGCCAGUUGGUGUGAUUUACAUCAUGGAUCUUUCGAUAUUCUACGCCAUUUUCUCCUCUGUUGUGGGCUACAUCAUGGGCGUCUUUGCUCAUAUCGGGGAGGUGAGCCACGUGAAGCUGCUCACGCUGCGCUUCCGCUUCCUGCCCCGCGCCAUGCACCUCAACCUGCUGCCGCCCUCCACCAACGCCCAGCGCAGCGGUGGCAUGCGCAGCGCCAUGGCGCGCAUGUGGAACCGCAUGGCCAUGACCUACGGGCUCGUCUCGCCAGACACCUGGGAGACGGACGAGCGGUGGGCGGUGCUGUGGAACAGCGUGAUUGGGAGCUUCAGGGAAGAGGACCUCCUGUCUGACGCCGAGCUGAACCUUCUGUCCAUCCCCGAGGCCUACACCACGGCCACUGUUUCCCGCUGGCCCAUUGUGCUGCUGGCCGAUCAGGUGGUGAAGGCCACGACCAUUGCCGGCAGGUGGAAAAACAGUUCCUCUUCCCUCUGGCGGCGCCUCUGCUCGUCCGACUUCUGCCGCUGCGCCGUGCUCGAGACCUUCGCCCUCUUCCGCCUGCUGCUCUCCCACCUGCUCAUCGCCGGCACGCCCGAGCACCGCAUGGUGCAGCAGCUGCUGGCGGAGAUCGACGGUGCAGCCAGUGGCGCAUCAGGAGAGGCGCAGACGGACAGGGACUUUGUGGAUGACUUCAACCUGGGAAAGCUGCCCGCCGUGCAGGCGAAGCUAGUGGCGCUCACUGCGUUCCUUCUCAGGGGACCUACUGAGGACGAGCUUCCCAAGGCCAUCAUGCUGGUACAAAACCUGCACGAGGUUGCCGUGCGGGACUUCUGGAGCGCUGGCAACUACUCGCUCCUCCUCUCCAAGGGCGUCAUCCCGCGCUCCAUCCCUCCCGCCUCGCCGCUCUACGUGGGCGCCAUCCGCCUGCCCGACCCCUCCGACCCGACCUACUUCGCCCCGCUGCAGCGCCUGCACUCGCUGCUCACCUGCCACAACGCCAUGGCUACCAUCCCUGCGAAUCCCGAGGCCCGGAGGCGGGUUACGUUCUUCUGUAACUCACUGUUCAUGGCCAUGCCGCCCGCUCCCACGGUGCAGCGCAUGCGGUCGUUCUGUGUGAUGACUCCGUACUAUAACGAGUCGGUGAUGUACUCACCGGAUGAGCUCAGGCGGCCCAACGAGGAUGGCAUCUCUCUGCUCUACUACCUCCAAAACAUCUUCCCAGACGAGUGGAAGAACCUGGAGGAACGGCUGGGGGUGCGGGGCAGGGAGGUGUGGGAGUUUGACGACGGUGCUGAGGUGUGCCGCUGGGCCUCCUACCGUGGGCAGACCCUUGCUCGCACAGUGCGGGGGAUCAUGUACUACCACAGGGCACUGGAUCUGCUCUCCUGCUUCGAUACCGACCCAGACGCCCCUCCCACCGAAGGCCGCGAGCUUCAUUCCAAGCGCCAACCCACCGCCGCCGCACCUCCCGUCGAAGAGAUGUCCGCCGCUGCCGCCGCCGCUGCCGCCGUCGCCUCUGCCUUCGGCGGCAGCGGGAGGAUGCCAGACGCGGGGUGGGACUCUCAGGCUUCAGUGGAGCACAUAAGAGAGCAGAUCUCGCAGCAUCUGGGGCAGCAGCGCGAGUACGACCCCCAGUUUUCCCUCGCCGAUGUGAAAUUCACGUAUGUGGUCGCCUGCCAGAUUUACGGCGAGCACAAGCGCAAGAACGACCCGAAAGCGCGGCACGUGUUGGAGCUCAUGCAGGAGAAUCCCGCGCUCAGAAUCGCGUAUGUGGACGAGCAGCCGCCCGCGCCGGGAUCGGGCGGCGGGACUCGGUACUACUCCGUGCUCGUGAAAUGGGACCAGUGGAAUCAGCGCGAGGUGGAGAUUUUCCGCGUGCAGUUACCCGGCCCGAUCAAGAUCGGUGAAGGGAAGCCGGAGAACCAGAACCAUGCGAUCAUCUUCACGCGCGGGGAGGCGCUGCAGACGAUCGACAUGAACCAGGACAGCUAUUUGGAAGAGGCGCUGAAGAUCCGGAACUUUCUGGAGGAGUUUUCGGAGUCACGGCGGCGGAUUCUGGGGAUGAGGGAGCAUGUGUUCACGGGCAGUGUGUCGUCUCUCGCGGCGUUCAUGUCGGCGCAGGAGACGGCGUUUGUCACCAUCGGGCAGCGCGUGCUGUACAACCCCUUGAAGGUGCGAAUGCACUAUGGGCACCCUGACGUGUUUGACCGCGUGUGGUCGCUGGCGCGGGGUGGCAUCAGCAAGGCAUCACGGGUGAUCAACAUCAGUGAGGACAUAUUCGCUGGCUUCAACACCACUCUGAGGCGUGGAGCCAUCUCCCACCACGAGUACAUUCAGGUGGGCAAGGGUCGUGAUGUGGGUCUGAACCAGAUCUCCCUCUUUGAAGCCAAAGUAGCAAGUGGCAACGGAGAGCAGCUCCUCUCGCGGGAUGUGUACCGGCUGGGCCACGGGCUGGACAUAUUCCGCCUGCUCUCCUUCUACACCACCUCCAUCGGCUUCUUCUUCAGCACCGCCCUCACUGCCAUGGCCGUCUACGCCUUCCUCUGGGGGAGGUGCUAUCUGGUGCUGUCCGGCGUGGAGGCGACGGUUUCUUCGUCGGACAACCAGGCGCUCUCCACCGCCAUCAACCAGCAGUUCCUCGUCCAGAUCGGGCUGUUCACGUCGCUGCCAAUGCUGAUGGAGCUGAUAUUAGAAAAGGGCACAGGGGCGGCGAUCUGGGAGUUCCUGCUCAUGCACGUGCAGCUCUGCUUCGCCUUCUUCACCUUCUCCCUCGGCACGCGUGCGCACUACUUCCUGCGCACACUCAUGCACGGCGGGGCCAAGUACCGGGCAACAGGGCGUGGGUUUGUGGUGAAGCACGAGCCAUUCGCGGAGAACUACCGGCUGUACUCGCGCAGCCACUUCAACAAAGCAGUAGAACUCCUCCUCUGCCUCGUCAUCUACAUGCUCUACUCCUCCCUCCGCGCCUCCACCGCCUACUGGCUCCUCUCCCUCUCCGCGUGGAUCCUCGUGCUCUCCUGGCUGCUCGCGCCCUUCGCCUUCAACCCCCUGGGCUUCGACUGGCUCAAGUGCUGCGACGACUGGGAGGAGUGGACGGCGUGGCUGUGGGCCAAGGGCGGGAAGGGCGUGACGGAGAAGCAGGCGUGGGUGGCGUGGUGGGACGAGGAGAGGGCGCAUCUGAAGACGACUGGGUGGGGGGGGUGGCUUGUGGAGACUCUGCUGGCGCUGAGGUGGUUCUUCUUCCAAUACGCGCUCGUGUACCGGCUGGACAUGGCCAGUGCAAGCACGAGCAUCCUGGUCUACGUGUACUCGUGGCUCUUCAUCUUCGCAAUGGGCCUCUUCUGGAUCUCCCUCACCCUCUGCGACCUCUACCUCUCCAUACGCGCCCACCGCCUUCACCGCGCCGUCAAAACCACCAUCUGCCUCGUCUUCCUCGCAGCCUUCAUAACCGCUCUCUCCUUCACCAGCCUCUCCUUUUCAGACCUUUUCCUGCUUCCUCUAGUCUUCCUCCCCACGGGAUGGGGGUUCCUGCAGCUGACUCUGGUGGUGGCUGGGGCGUUUCCGGCGGUCGAGACGUGGUGGACAUGGGGGCUUGUGAAGAGCUUUGCGAGGACUUAUGAGUUUAUUAUUGGGGUGAUUGUGUUUUUGCCCAUGGCGGUGCUGUCGUGGCUUCCGGGAGUUCAGGACAUGCAGACCAAGAUCCUGGGCCAUCCAGACGAGUUCAUGCCGCUGCUGCGGAUUCGGCACAUGGCGAAGAUGGUGUCGAAGCUUCCCGACGACGAGGAUUUCGCUUUCUGCUAUGGCAUGCUCAACCGCGUUAGUAGGAGCUUCGCGUUCGUCAUUCAGCAGCUCCACCCGCUACUGCGCGACCCGGUGUGCAUCUUUUACCUCGUCCUACGCGCUCUCGACACUGUCGAGGACGACAUGGCAGUGCCCAUAGACGAGAAGGUCCCCAUCCUCAUCGCCUUCCAUCAACACAUCUGCGACCCCGACUGGAAAUUCGUCUGCGGCACCAAGGACUACAAGGACCUCAUGCAACGCCUGCACCACGUGCGCCACGCGCUUGAGAAGCUAGAGCCCAGGUACAAGGCGGUGAUUCUGGACAUAACGAGGCGCAUGGGAGCAGGCAUGGCGUCCUUCAUCACCACCGAGGUGGAAACAGUGCCACAGUACGAUGAGUACUGCCACUACGUGGCGGGGCUGGUGGGCAUCGGCCUGUCGGAUCUCUUUCAUGCGGCCAACCUGGAAGAAGCGUUUGAGGAGUCGCUCUCCAACUCCAUGGGCCUCUUCCUGCAGAAGACCAACAUUAUCCGGGACUAUCUAGAGGACAUCAAUGAGGAGCCCGCUCCCCGCAUGUUCUGGCCCAAAGCCAUCUGGGGCAAGUACGCCGCGCGCCUUGAGGAUUUCAAGGAGGUAGACAGCAACGGGGCAGCAGCAGUGAAGUGUGUGAACGAGCUGGUGACGAACGCCCUGGGCCAUGUGAGCGACUGCCUCACCUACAUGCACCGCCUCAGAGACCCCCAAGUGUUCCGAUUCUGCGCCAUUCCCCAGAUCAUGGCCAUGGGCACGCUCGCACUGUGCUACAACAACAUUGGCGUCUUUGAGGGCGUGGUCAAGAUGAGAAAAGGUCUAGCGGCGAAGGUGAUGGAGCAGACUUGGAGCAUGGCGGACGUACGCUCCUCAUUCACUGACUUUGGCUUCGAGAUCCUGAAAAAGGUACAGCCUGCCUUGCCACUUGCUAUCACAGCUUCCUACAAGUGGCGAGGAUGGGCAAAGGCGAAGAGAAUGGCCUAUUUCUCCCCUCUUCACCUUCUCGCUAUCGCUCAUGUCGUUCCCCUUCGCACCACCUCACACCCCCACACCCACCCAAAUGAACGGCAGGUGGACGAUUCAGAUCCAAACUCGCAGGCAACGCGGGAGUGUAUUGGCAAGAUCAUCGCCUCUUGCAGAACAGAGGGGAGGCUAGUAAGGGGGCGCCUGUCAGUCUGUGACAAUGCCAAGUGGCGGUACCUAUUCUAUUUAUUCCUUAUUGUAAGUGUCCUUUCCUUCCUCCCCUCCCUCGACUAA